AAAAACAGACCAGGAGGGAAAGCAGAGCAAAAGCUAACUGAGGUGAUGCAACGGGCCCUUAUCCAAACAAGUGUGUGAACAGAGAUUCUUGGAAGUGCUCCUAGUCAAAUAUAAACCAGGAACGCUAACUCCCUUGGAAAUCCACAGCAGAGCAUGGGCAGAAGAUCCACCUGUCCUAAAACCUGCUCCCUCACCAAGCCCGAGGAGCACUGCCAUUUGGGAACUGACAACGCCUGCUGUUUCAAAGCAGUAAGUCCGCCAGGUAGGGAAUGACGGAGUUCUCUCUAUUGGCCUCUGCUGGGCUGAGCAGCUCUUUGCCCACUGUCAGAAACACCAGAACCUUAACUUCUGCUGAAAGAAGGUGAGGGGUUUCUGAGGAAAAAUGUGGCUGGAUUUUUGCAAGAAGUUUCUUUAAGCUUUUCCUGUCCCUUCCUAAGUACUAUUGCGUGCCUAAAGAAGUUUGGGACAGUCCCGGUCAACCAGCCUGUCAGUCACACUUCUAUCUUUAAUACAGAGACGUAACAAUGUUUGCUUCGAAAGUGACAUAAAUCACAAGCCAUCCCUGUCAUGUGAAUGCAGACAUCACAGUUGGAAGAAAAAAGGGUGCCCCAAAUAAAGAAGUCUGCCACAGAUAUAUGAAUUAUAAUACUGUUGGAACUGAAAGACAACAAGAUUCCACCUUCUGGAGCACAGAUUUCAUGGAUUCCAAUUCCAGCACUGUGGUUGUAACUGGUUUUGGUCCCUUUAGACAAUACUUGGUUAAUCCUAGCUGGGAAGCAGUGAAGGAGCUGUCCAAGAGAGGCCUUGGCAAUAACACAGAUCUCCGUAUCAUGCAGCUGCCGGUGGCUUACCGAAAAGCAAAGGAGCAAGUCUUCAAGAUAUGGACAACUCUUCAGCCACUGCUUACAGUUCACGUUGGGCUGGCUUCAGCCGCCGAAGGACUCAUCAUCCUCGAGCAGUGUGGGAAGAACAAAGGCUACCAAGAGAUGGAUGCUUGUGGUUUUCUCCCAGAAGGUGCCUGUUGUGUGCUAGAUGGCCCGGAAAAGAUUGAAUCUACAAUUAAUAUGAAGAUGCUCUGGAAAAGCAUUUCAGUGGAAGGAGUUGAUAUCAUCUCUUCCAGAGAUGCAGGAAGGUACGUCUGUGAUUACACCUACUACGCUUCUCUGUACUACGGCAAUGGAAGAGCAGCUUUCAUCCAUGUGCCUCCAUUAUCCCCAUCAGUAACAGCAGACUUUCUAGGAAAAGCAUUACAGAGCAUUAUCUUAGAAAUGCUGAAACAGUGUGGGGAGGGGACAGGGUAAGAUGGAUCACAGAAGAAAAAAGAGGAUUUCUCCAGGGAAACAAAAGCCUGUUCCUCAAGCAUCAUGUAAGAAGGACAACAGAGAAACGUAACAACACAGACAGCUGAUGAGGCUUUGCGCCACCACAGUGCCUUAUUUUAACCAGAGGAACUGGGAACACCAAGUUAGUGCCAUUUGUUUUUGCCACUGCCUUUUCCAAUGACUGUUGCAGGAAACUGUUAAGCACAUGCUGCUGGAUGCCUCAUCUCUGGACUGCUGCAAGGGUAAACAAGCAGGUUUUCCUCAAAUAAAGAAGUAAAUAGAAAGGCUUGCCUUAUUCAAGGGAACUACCUACUGCAACCCAGUAGUCAAGGUCCCAUCAGAAAAGGGUCCACAAGCUCAGUGUCACUGGAAAAUACCUUUGAUUUCAAGAUUAUGGCAGCACUGACCUCUGCUAAGAUUUACUCAGAGGAGCACAGUUAAAUGCAGCCUACAAGGGCAGAGGGAGACCAGAGGUGGUUUGCUCUGAGUUUUCCAACCUGUACUCGCUUUGCGUAAGGAGCAACAAAUUCAGAAGCAGGCAAAUGCAUACAGAAUUCUUUUAUUUAACUUAAAUCAUGUAGUACUGAAACUACUAGAAAAAAGCAGAGUAAGAGAAACUAAAGGAGCCUUAGCUUCAGCCAUUCAAAAUAGACAAAGUUUCUUCUUUUCAUAAUGUAAAGAAUCCCGAGUAUAUCGCAAUAACAGGAAUAAAUUCUUACAACAGAAUAUACAAAAACA